CUUUACUGUCAUUGGUAUUCGUGCUCGUGCAAAGCCUGAUCCAGUACCCCCAGCCGGCUGGGGAUGGGCUGGAUGAGGCCACGCACCGGCGAAUGCAGGAGCGUCAGGAGCUGCUGGACCGUGAGAUGGCUCGGCUGCUGCAGGAGCUGGAGCAGCAGGAUGAGGGCUGGGGAGCCGUUCUUUUUGGCGCCCUGCAGCAGUGGCCAUUCUGGGUCCUUGCUGGAGUCCUGCUCCUCUUGGGCCUGUGGUUUGGCUGCAGGAGAAGGAGCAGUGAGGCCAGCAGCAGCAGCAAGGACCUGAGCUCCUGCAAGACCCUGGGAGAUGAGGGAGGAAAAGACCAAGAAGAAGACAGCGUUGGUUCAGAGGAAGGUGGAGAAAACACUGGUGUGACUGUGGAGGAAGACGACAGCGGCAGCGGAAAGGACAGCGAAGGCAGUCCUGUGGCUGCAAAGGGUGAAGACGAUGUGCCAGGAGAUAAUACUGGUGAAGGAACUGCAGAAGAACCUGGCAACGUUGCUGAAAAUGAAGAAGACCUCGAUGAAGAAAAUGAUGGGGAAAACAAGGAUGUACAGGUGGAGCAAGACAAGGACGCUGGAAAGGAAGAAGGAGGAGAUGGAAAUGAAGAAAAGACCAAUGGUGUGAAUAUGAAGGUGGGCAGCAACGAGGAUGUGAAUGAAGGGGAAGACAACGCAGAUGGACAGGAAGAGUACAUGGAUGUGAAGGUGCAGGAAAGCAGUGAUGCCAGUGAACAGAGGAGCAGGGAUUGCACUGGGCAGGAAGACAGCAGUGAACGUGGGAAUGAAGCAGCCCAUAGUGGUUUUGCUGCCACUGAGGAAGAAAAGAAGGAAGUUCUAGAAGAAGAUGGCAAUGAUAGAAAGCAGGAUGAAGAACAGGGUGAUGUGGAUGUGGAGGCAGACAAGAAGGAGGAUGGAAAAGAAGGUGAACAAGGUAAUGUGGCUGCCAGUGAAAAGGAAGACAAGGAUGGUGGCAAGGAAGAAAGCGGCAGCGGUGGAAUCGAAGACAGAGAGGACACCCGAGAUGUUGGGAAUGAGCAAGGCAACCUUUUAGUGGACCACAUAAAGUGGCCUGUGGAGGACCUGGAGAGAGGUUGCUCAGUGACAGCUGAGCUGAUGAAGAGCUUCAGCCGUGUCUUUGUGGACAGCACGAGCAAUAGCUUCUACCCAGUGCCUCAAGAAGCCAUUGGGGUGGGCAGUGCCUUUGAAGGCUGGAGUCCCCGUGACUGGGAUGGCGUGUACCGUGUGCUGGUCCCACUGGAUCCCCCACCAGGGCACGCCUUCGAGCUGGAGCUGAACAGUGAAGGGCAGAUGGCAGCAAGGACCUUCAGCGUCCGUGUGGAGCUGGUGUGCACGUGCAGGAUGGAGGAGCUGGACGAGAAGCUCUUGUGCUUCCUGCACUUCUCGCGGAAGGAGCUGCGGCGGAAGCAGCAGCGCAGCCUCCUAGAGACACUCUGCACCGGCUCCUACCUGGACGUGGAAAAAACCUCCCGCUGGUUCCACCACCUGGUGAGAUGCUCGUGGCUGCACGUGCCUCAGUCAUACUCGUGGCACUUGGUGUUUCAGCCCAGCAGCCGGUCCUGCCGAUUCCAGCUGAGCAAAGGCAAGGAGAAGCUGACGGUGGAGAUGCUCUUUGGGGUGCGCCAAGAGGACUCGGACAUCUUUGUGGUCAGCCAGCCCACGGAGGCCCAGAAAGGUGGCUCCCUCAGCUUUGUGAGCAGCCAGCCCGCCCAGGCCAACUUCAUUGCAAGCACAGAGUGGCCCGAGACGUACACUGUGGCAGAGGCGAAAUUCUUCCAGCACAUCGCCAGGCAGCUGCCGUGUGAGAGCUUGCACCUGAAAUGUCUGCAGCUCUUCACCUGCAUCCUGAGGGGCACAGGUUUUUCCAGCUCUACCUGGAAGACUGUGGUCAUGCACGUGCUGACCACAGUACCUCUGUCCCGCUGGUGCAGGAGGGAAUUUGCACGGCGGCUGUGGGACAUCAUGGCGUACCUGCGCCGCUGCCUGCAGCUGAAACGCCUGGACCACUUUGUGCUAGGCAAUGAGAGGCUUCCUGCAGAGAUCAGCUUGCCGCCGGCAAUGCUAGGGGUUGAGCCGCUCAACCUCUUUGAGCGCCUGGCCCGAGAUCCGGCCGCCCAUGAAGAGGCGAUGCAAGCUUAUGGUCAGCUGCGAUUUCGCCUCUGGGUGCUGCUCUCUAACCAGUGAGAGGAGUUCCCUGCACAGAUCUGUGCUGGUGGGGUCACACCUGAUGGCAGCCACGUGAACUCUGCACUGCUGUUCCCUUUGUCACUGGCAAUCCUGAAGCUGCUUUCCUGCUCCUGUGGAAGGAAGAUGCUGCAGCACACGGAUUCCUUGGGCACACACAUCUCAGAGCGGCCGUGCCCUUCACCUUCCAGUUACAGCGGUGCUGCUGACCAAGUCUCUGAGGCAGAAACUUGCUCCACCUGCACAUCCUCACAGAAGACAGUGAAGCUGGGAGAGGUUGCUUGGAACACCUUGAAGACAGCAGCCUAGCCUCUUAGGGGCCUAAUGUAGUUAGUUAUAGCAGAAGCUUUAGUUGUAGUUGGAGUUGUAGCUGCAGCUUUACUUGUAGUUGUAGCUGUAGUUGUAGCUGCAGUUAUAGCUUUAGUUGUAAUUGUAGCUUUAAUUAGACUUGUUUAUUAGCAUUAACUAGACUUGAAUUAGACUUGUUUAUUAGCAUUAACUAGACUUGAAUUAGACUUGUUUAUUAGCAUUAACUAGUCUUGAAUGAGGCUUGUUUAUUAGUAUUCCUUCAAGAGGCCCUUUAGUGUUGUCAAUUUUGCAAAGUUACCCUUAGUUUAGAGAACUGCCCUGCCCUCCUGUAGUCAAUUGUCUGCUUUUAAAUAAUAUUUGAAUAUCUAUGUUUGAAAAAAUAAUAAAAUGAGAUCAGUUUCUCAAAUGGCCUGAAGUGUGUCAUUCUUUGUAUUUAAUCCUCUGUAUCUUAGAGAAUGUCCUUCCUCUAUCCCUAUCUGAAGUAAAGACUUUUGGCAAACAGAGAAGUUGGCUAUAUUAAGUAUUCUGUCUCUCAAGCAUUCCCAUAGAAAUGCUUGAAGCCCAGGGCCAUGAGGAGCUUCCUGACCGGGCUGGGGACGGC